AUGUCCGCCGCGCUCGCCUGUCUCCGCCGCACCUCCAAGCGCCGCCGAGACGCGCCCGAUCAUGCCCUCCCCCCAUCGUCGAAGCAGCCGCUGAUGGCCCACGCCGGCGCCGACGCCGCCGAGUCGUCCUCGUCGGCCUCCGCCUCCGCUUCGGGGGGCGAUGGCGCCUCUGCGGCUGCGGCGGCGGCCUCCGCCUCGUCGGCCCCCGCGUCGCCGCGGGAGGUGCACUUCUUCGUGCGGGCCACCGAUUCCAGGACCAUCGCUAUGCACGCGGGGAGGGACGACACCGUCGGCGCCGUGCUCGACCACCUCGGCGCCUGCGGGUACGGCCGUGAUUUGCGGCUCGUCUACGCUGGGCGGCAGCUCGCGCCGGAGGUCACCCUCGCCGAGCUUCGCCUCCCGCCGGACUCCACACUUCACCUUUCGGCGCGCCUCAGGUCCACCCAGCACCCUCACGCGUGGCAGCUCGCGUCGCACAUCGCCAGCACCGCCGCCGCCGCGGAGUCCGAUCCCUCUAGGAUCCCCGCCGCCGCCUUCGCCCUCGACGAACUCGUCAAGGAGUUUAUCCUCCGCGCCCACCGCGCCAACCUGGGGCUUUCCCGCCACGAUCGCGCCUCUACAGGCGAGGACCGGGCCGCGGCGGACCACGCCGCCGAGUACCUCGACAUCUUCCUCCAGGCGGGCGCCGCCUUAGCGCUGGUUCGCCUCUACCUCUCAAAGUCCCCCUUCCGCUCUUACGCUGAGAGUGCCAUCAAAUGCUUUAUCGCCACGGACCCUUCGUCCUUACCGAUGGACGUAUUGGUCGUGACGGCACCAGUGCUGCUUGAAUUCUGCCGCUUGCUCUCCUUGGCUGCGGGCAAGAAGGAAUUACUGUAUAGAUCAUGCCGUCGUACACUUGCCUCAGUCUUAUCCACUCGCCCCAGGCUGCCCCCUUCUAUGAACUCACCAACCAGGUUGAUCGAGCAAGUCCUGCCAUUUGCCCGUGAAACAGUGGAUGUGGUCCUUGAUGGACUUGCAUCAAUGCCAAUGCUUAUAUCGCCUAGUGAUCUUGAUGAGUUCUCAAACUUCCUCAAAGUCAUGUGCCAGCAAGCACGCCAUUGGAUUUCCGGUGAGGGGCCGAUGCCCAGUAACCUGUACAGCAGGGAGUCUGAGCAUGGUGACACAUGGAUAUGGAGGUUCCACAACAUGUCGAUGGAUAUGUUGAAAAGGUUGGAUGAGUGCUUGAAGACAUUGGAGAUGGACCUGUCAUUAUCAUCAGAGAGUACCGGGGUCAUGGAUAGUCAAACCACAUGGGCUGCUCGAUCACACAUCCUGGUUAUGUUGACUGAACUCGAUUUCAUCUCGGCGAUUUAUGAGGAUGUGGGGCACAACCUACAGCUUGUGUUGCUGGCACACAGGGCGCCACUCAAUGCUCUUGUCCGUUGUUCCAAGAGAAAUGAGCGUCUACAUUGGCUCGUGAAGCAUAAGAAUCUCCUUUGCUUCGAGGCAAGAAGGAAUUUAGUCUUCAUGAUGCUCCCUGAAGGGAAGGAUGACUUUGGGGAGCUGCAUGAGAUGUUAAUCGAUCGAUCACAUUUGCUUGAUGAAUCCUUUAAUUACAUCGCACAGGCGAAACAAACUGAGCUUCGCGGUGGGCUGUUUAUGGAGUUUAAGAAUGAGGAAGCUACAGGUCCUGGUGUUCUGAGGGAAUGGUUUUGUUUAGUGUGCCAAGCUCUUUUCAGUCCGAAGCAAGUUCUCUUCUCGCCUUGUCCUGAGGAUAAACGAAGGUUCUACUUGAACGAAACGUCUGCUGUGGAUCCACUGCACCUGAAGUAUUUCACUUUUGCGGGGCGAAUAAUUGGAUUAGCCUUGAUGCAUAAAGUGCAAGUUGGAGUUGUGCUAGACCGUACUCUGUUCUUGCAUCUUGCUGGGAGAAGUAUUACAUUAGAAGAUAUUUCUGUUGCAGAUCCUGUCAAAUAUGCAAGCUGUAAAAAGAUUCUAGAGAUGGAUGCUGCUGAAAUUGAUAGUCUAUACCUGACAUUUUCCCGAGGAGCUCAUGAAUUAGGUACUGAAAAGGUUAUUGAUCUUUGCCCAGGAGGACAGAAUAUCAGUGUGAAUAUCAGGAACAGAGAGCACUACAUUGAUCUUCUUAUUAAGAAUAUCUUUGUGGACUCUAUUUCAUCUCAGCUAACCCAUUUCAUGGAAGGAUUUGCUGACAUACUAGUUAAUCCAAAACGCCGGGAAGAGUUUUUUGAGUGUUUAGAUCUAGAAGACUUGGAUCGACUGUUAGGGGGAAACAACAAUGCAAUAAAUUUGCAAGAUUGGAAAUCACAUACUCAAUAUAAUGGCUACAAAGAAAAGGAUCGUCAUAUUACCUUGUUCUGGAAGGCUGUUGAGCGCAUGUCAAUUGAGAGACAGAGGCAACUCCUCUUCUUCUGGACUUCAGUGAAGUAUUUACCAUCAGACGGCUUUUGUGGGCUGAGCUCCAAACUCUACAUAUACAAGACAUCUGAUUCACCUGACCGGCUCCCAUCAUCGCAGACCUGCUUCUACCGGCUCUGCCUCCCUCCUUAUACAUCCUUGAAAAUGAUGGAAAACCAGCUGCAGAAGAUCACACAAGAGCAUGUGAGCUGCAGCUUCGGUACAUGGUAG